GAAGAAGACGUCAUUACGCACCAGGACGCAGAGAGCACGUGGCAAACUUAGGUUUGCUUCUUUUUUGGUUGCUAUUAUACUAUAACUACAAAAAAUGGCUACACUGGUGCAGAAGACACGAUACACGGUGGAAGAAGCUCUAAAACUGAUCGAGGAGGAUAAUGACGCCACAGUCUGUGUGCAUGAUUCAUCAUCUGAAGAUGAAGAUCUUUUGCAUCCCGCAAACAGCGACAGUGGAUCAGAAUACUGUCCUUCAUCGGAGUCAGAAAGUGAUGAGGAUGAGGAUUAUGAGCCACCAAAAAAAGCUACCAAGCAGACGGCUCCAGCACCACCCCCGAAGUUCUCACCUCGGCCUUUGUCUUCAGAAGCCUCUUCGACACCUCCGCCAAGCCCAACAUUUCAGCCUUUGUCUUCAGAAGCCUCUUCGACACCUCCGUCAAGCCCAACAUUUCAGCCUUUGUCUCCAAAAGCCUCUUCGACACCUCUGCCAAGGCCAACACCCCAGCCUUUGUCUCCAUCACCAUCUACCCCCACCACUGUGCGGAAAAGAGGACGGCCACCAGGGACUUCUCCUCCAUCCAAAAAGAGACGUCAAAAUGCAAAACGCUUAUUUGCACCGAGUGAGGGGGAGGACAGGUGGCGAAACAGAGAGGAAGAGGACAUUACACCACACGUUCCCAGUUUUAUGCCAGUCAGGACUCCAGGCCCCAACAUCGACACCUCCAAGAAUUGGUCCCCCCUCAGCCUGUUCCAUCUUUAUUUUUCAACAAAGGUUGUCAAAACUAUAAUCAACAACACAAAUGCCAACGCUGCUAGAAAAAAGGCAGGUGGGAUGGCAUUCAAGUGGGAGGAUCUUACUGUGAAAGACUUUUAUAUAUUUCUAUCUAUUAUACUUUUCAUGGGGCUUGUACCUGUUCCUCAGAGGUCCGAUUAUUGGAGGGCAAGGUGGCCGUACAACUUCCCAUUUCCGAGAAAAAGUAUGACUCGAGACCGCUUUGAGGCUAUUAUGUGGUCACUACACCUCAGCAACCUCAAAGAGGAUGAAGAAAAUGAGAGGAAAAAGCAUACACCGGACUACGACAGACUUCAAAAAAUCAAACCUUUGUACACGGACAUAAUCCAUGCAUGCAGGUCUUUCUUCCAGCCAUACCAACACAUAUCCAUAGAUGAGCGAAUGGUUGCCACAAAAGCCAGAAUAAGCAUCAAGCAGUACAUAAAGAACAAACCUAUUAAGUGGGGUUACAAACUUUUUGUGCUGGCAGAUUCUUUGACAGGCUAUACGUGGAACUUUUUUGUUUACACUGGGAAAUCAGCGUCCACCUCUACCGCAAGUCAUGGUCUGGGCUACUCUACUGUCAUGGACCUUAUGCCUUUAGGUUUGCUUGGUCGUGGCUACAAACUGUAUACGGACAACUUUUACACCAGCGCAACUUUGCUAAACGACCUUCUCGAAUUGAACACGGCAGCUUGUGGAACUCUAAGAAAAAAUCAUGUUGACUUCCCACAGAGUAAAAACGAUUUGCCAAAAAACGCACAGAGGGGGGACAUGCGGUGGAUGCGCAGUGGCCAACUAUUAUUUGUCAAGUGGAUGGACACGAGGGAGGUAGCCAUAUGCUCCACAAUCCACAAAGCAGACAGUGGCCAGACUGUAAAGAGAAAGGUGAAGGAGGAUGGUUUGUGGCAAACCAAAGACAUCCCUGUUCCGGACUCCAUUGUGGAUUACAAUGCCAACAUGGGUGGAGUGGAUCUAUCUGAUGCGCUCAUUGGUUACUACACUGUCCACCAUAAAACCAAGAAGUGGUACAAGACUUUUUUUUACCACUUCCUUGACAUUGCCAUAGUGAACAGCUUCCUUUUACACAAGGAGCUGUUCAAACAACGACAGGACCCCACUCAGACAAAGCCCCUUACCCAAAAGGUUUUCAGGGAGCAGCUGGGUAAGGAGAUGCUGGACUUUGCUGAAGCCUCAGCAGCCUCUGCAGACUCCACAUCCUCAGCAGCUUCCGCCACCUCCACAUCCUCAGCAGCCAACAAUCCUAUGUCCCCCACCAAAUGUGUCCCUGGUUAUUAUGAUGGGGAUGGCAGAGUAAGGAAGCAUUGUAAAUGGUGCCUUGAGCAGGGGAUCCCCAGAGUGAAGACACCGGUUUAUUGUAAAAAGUGCAGUGUGCCUCUCUGCUUCGUUCCAAAGAGGAAUUGCUACGAGCUGUGGCAUGAGAGAAAGCAAAAAAAAAUGUUUUCUUAAGGUCUACUGAACACCAUUAGUGAUAUAAAAAUAAAAUAUAUAACUUUUACAUGACAGAAAUGCAAAUGGCACUAAUGGAGACCUCGCCUGAAUUUCCUGUUUCUUAAGUCAAAAAUAAUUAAAUUUGAAGAUCUAAUCAAAUUCAAAACUCUACAAAUUGUAUAUAAAGCACGGUACAAUCUGCUUCCAAAUAAUAUCCAAGGCAUGUUUCAAAUUAGAGUUAAUAAAUACAAUCUGAGGGGACAAAUGAAUCUUAGGAAAAAGUAUGUUCAUUACCCGACGUGGAGUUGAUCUUUGGAAUGAAUUGGAAGAAAAUUUAAAAUGUAGUAACUCUCUAGUAAACUUCAAACGACUAUACAAAUUAAAUAUAUUCAAAAACUAUGCUACUAAAGAAGGAUCAUAGUAAAACUAUGAAUACUCAUCAAUUUGUUGGUUGUUAACAAUUCUCUGUCAUUCAUUAUCUACUGCCGCAAUUUAGUGAGUCUUUAAUCUACGUACACAUUAUGCCCACACAUUACAUGCAUGCACAUGCACACCCGGUGUGUAUGUGCAUGUGUUUGAAUGAUACACACAUACACUUUACUUGCAUGCACAUGCGCACCCGGUGUGUGUGGGCAUGUGUAUGGAUGUUAUACACAUACACACAUCAUACAUACAUACACACACACAUACACACGCACAGAUGGUGAAGGAAUGUAUCUAUGUUUGCUGCUGCAAUGAAAUCUAAAUGGUGUGACUUAGUUAAAUAUGGGGGGUAAGCGCUCACAAGUAUUUUACUUCUGCUUACUCCUUUUGAGCAUUGUACAAAACUUGGGAUUUGGGUGUACACUGUUUUGUUUUUGUUUGUUUUUUUAUUAUGUCUGCUCAAAUAAACAAUAUUCAUUCAUUCAUUCAUUCCUGUACUAAAAUCUCUAUCUUUUGAUCUUAUCAGUUUCAAACUUUGCAGAGAUCAUGUUCACAUGUUUUGUUUCUAUUUUAUGAAGUAAAAAGGCAAUGUUUGCAACAUUCCAAAGAGUUAUUCAUCAUAAAACAUGUGUUUUUUUUAGGCGAGGCUAAAAAAAAUCUAAAUUUUUGCUGUGUUUCAUCCUAAUUUUCUAAUUUUUAUCAGUAACACAUACAUGGAUAAAUGACAUAUCAGAUUAUUCUGCCCAUUGAUCCCUUUACAGUGGCACAAAAUCAUUCAAAUACACCUUGGGGUUGCUGAAAUAGACCGAUUUAUAAAUGGAUAUACAUUUUUUGAAAUUUGUAUUCAAAAUAGGCUUAGGUAGAAAAGCUACUAUUCAUUUUCAAAUUUAACCCAUACAUAUUUCCAAUGUUUUAUAAUGUAUUUAAAAGUGCUAUGUAAAGAUAGAUAGAUAUAGAUUAAUAUAAGGCAGUGUCCAGCAGUAAUCUGACCAGAACUGAAGAAGCAGCUACAACGUUUUGUCCCAUUGACAGAUUUGAAUUUUGCUUUUACUAUGGAUCAGACCUGGACGACUCAGGGAUUACAUGGACUACUAUUUUGCUGUAUUUCAACCUCCGCUGUAUUCUUAACCUGACAGGUAGACCCCAUCUCCUCCUGCUGCUGUCAGACUGUACAAUGAACACUGUUAACACUGAACAUGUGUCACGUGCAAUACUCAAGUCACUUUACAAAGAUGUUAUAUUAAAGUCUAUGCAUGUAUGUACCAUUUCCCUUCUGUUCUUUAACUGUGAGGUGCAAUACUGGAAUUUCCCCACUGUGGGACUAAUAAAGGCAUAUCUUAUCUUAUCUC